AUGGUGUCACAUCUACGCCGCCCUCAUCCUUGCUCUCUGCACUGUUGUAUGCAGAAAAUUCCCGAUACCGUCCGGGACUCGGACGCGGGCUCCGGCCUGCUAGCAAUGAGCGCGUUGAUCUGGGUUGUGAGGCGGUUCCAGCGCCUGACCGGCGACCUCCGUCGCAUUGCCACCAGCAUGGACAAGCCCACCGUCUCGGGGUUGAAGGCGCUGCGGAACGAGAUGGUAGCCCUCAUCAAGAAGCAAGUCCCGCUCAUACGGUCGGGGAAAACCGUUGUUGCUGCCGACGCCUGUGACGACGACGGCGAGGAAGUCCAUUCUGCAUCCGUACCAGUAGGGGUCGCCCCGAACGUCGCUGAUGCGCGUGGCAAGUCGGGAGUCGGCGUCGACGAGGCCGAUGCGGCCGCAGGAAAGGGGGUGACCGGGACCGAGGUUGUUCACGGGGAUGAUGAUGGGGUCCAGGAUCGCGAGGAGGAACGUGAGGGUGAGGGGGGCUCGGAGGAGUCGUCGGGGUCGAUGUCGGGGUCGAGGUCGGGGUCGGGAUCGGGCUUGGAGUCGGAGUCGGAGGAGGAGCAGGAGCAGGAGACGCAGGAGCACGAGAGGCAUCACAAGGAGGAGCAGUUGGUAGAGGUGGAGGACGUGGAAAUGGCGGAGGGGUACGUUGUCGGAGGAGCGGAGGGGUACGUUGUCGGAGGAGCGGAGGAAACGGGUGGGAGAUCGGCGGAUGUCGAGAACGACGAAGGGGAGGGGAAGGGUACGACAGCGAAUAUCGGCGAGGUCGGCGUGGAGGCGGCUCACGGAGGUGGUGGCAUGGUCGAGGUCGGUGAAGGGGAUAACGCCGCGGUCCCGGAGCAGAGGGGCGUGGAUGUGCAUACCGAUGCCACCGCGGAGAAGGCCGGCGGGGAGCGGUCUAGGAGGAAGAAGGCGGCGAGCGGUCAUCCCGGUUCCACCGCGGCUGGGCGGCAGGCGCGGCUGGACGUCGUCGAUCAGCUGAGGGCGGAGAACAGGCGAUUGCGUGCAGACAAUGCACUCCUUGAACGGCGGCUCGGUGAGCAGACGGGGCGGGUCGACAGCUUGGCGGCGGCAUUAGCUGGGCUCCUCGAGAAGGUGAAGGGUUUGACCGCCCAGGUCGCCGACACCGACCGGAAAUCGGAGGAGCGCCUCAAAGAGGCCACGUCGACCAUGGCGACCACAAUGACCGAGGGCCUCACCGACAACAUGGACAGCGCCAUUCAAUCGGCCAAGUCCUUCGCCGAGCUAGCGAGGCAGACGCUGCUGGAUCUUGACGACCCCAAGGGACGAGCGGCGGUCGCACGCGCGACCGCGGUGAAGACAGUGACCGAGCACGUGACGGCGGAGGUGGGCGAGGCGAGGAAGGGGUUGGAGGAGUCGUUCAUCAAAUACAUCGGCGCCGCGCAGACCAACAUUGCCGCCGCCGUCGCGCCCCGCCUAGUCCAGCCGCCGCCGCCUACCGGCCCAGCGCAGGCCUUGCCGGAAGAUUACCUGAAGUCUUUCAAGGAGGACGUGCUGAAGGCGGUGACGGAGACCACGCAGCAGUCCUUCCUCGCCUCCGGACUGAAGAUAAUGGCCGAGGUCGUCGGCACGGUGGCGUAUGCUCGGCGUGGGUCGUCGCCGUCGGCAAACGACGCCGGCCAAGCGCAACCUACGGAGGGCUUGAAGCUGGGUCACAAGAGGUCGGGAGGCGGCGGGGGGGGCGACGGGGACAUUUCGGCGAACACGAAGCGAAGCAAGGGAGGCGGGGGGUCUGGCGGCGGGGGGGGGGACGGAGGCGAUUCGGCGGGCGCGAGGCGGACCAAGGGAGCGGCUGGUUCUCGCGUCGCCGGCGAUGGGAGCAUGGGAGCCGGCGACGGCAGUUCGUUGAAGCAGUCGGGGAAGAGCGUGGUCGACAUCCUCAGGAAGCACUGGGCUCAGGUUGGAGCGGCCAGCACAGGCCAUGGUGGUGGGGGUCCCGCCGACGAGCAUGCCAUUGAUGACGCACUGCCAAUGGCUCCGCCUUCGGUCGGCGUUAAGCCACCACGACAGGGUUGCGGUGUGAAAGGCCUGCGCGACAAGGAGAAGGCCGCCGCCAAAACGGCCCCAGGCGGGUCCGCGAAAGCUGGCCAGGGCCCGAAGACAGGGGUUGCGGAGGCGUCAGCGGUUCCUCACCAGUCUCCCGCGGGUGCACGCCAUCCGACAGGACCGUCUGCCGGGCGACCUACCGACGUCCCGCGCCAUGCCGACGUACCGUCUGCCGUCAAGGUUGGCCGCGCGGGAAAAGGGGCGGCAGUUGCGGACGCGCUCAAGGAGCAGCUCAGGCUCCUAGCCGGCCACAGGGCUGUUCAACAGGCCCCCCCUGCUGUCGACGUCGUCCCAUCGGCCAGUGGGCCACGUGUAGUGCCGGUCGUCGCCGCCCGUACUCCUGCAGACCCAAAGUCCGCGUUGUUGCGCGCCCAGCUGGGCGCACUAGCGUCGACUGAGAGGACUCAGCAGGCUUCUGGCUCUGGCUCUAAGCCGUCGUCGGCGAAUGUCGCACCACCCACCCAUGUGGCAGCUGAUGUGGAGAAGACGGCGGAGAAGGGCGUUCGUGCCGCGCUUGCCACCGGCGGCGGCGCCGUUGAGGAGCCUUCGGCGGGACUCGUCGGCAUCGCGGCAGAGCCUAGUGCGACCGGUGAUGCGGUCGGUGAGGGAAAGUCGAAACGGAAGGGGAAGGCGGGCUCACAGAGGAAGACGCGGGAGAAGUCGGAGGUGAAGGCGGCGGAUAAACAGAAGGGGAUGGCGGCGGAGACGGCGGCGGACAAAGAUCGAGGCGGCAUUGGGGAGGUUGAAGGGAAAGGGGAGAAUCAGAAGUCGCCCGGCGAGGGUACGUCGACGGGGAGGAAGGGGAAGGACAAGUCGGUCGGAGAAGGUGCGUCGACCGGGAGAAAGGGGAAGGAGAAGGCGGUCGGCGAGGGUUCCUCGAAGGGGAGAAAGGGAAAGAGGAAGGCGGAGGAGGAGGAUGAGGAUGUCGAGGAGGUGGAGGAGGUCGAGCAGGAGGAAGAGGAGGAGGAGGAGGAGGAGGAGGAGGAGGAGGAGGAGGAGGAGGAGGGGAAGGGCAAGGAGAGGAGGGGUCAUGGCAUCCGACACGAUACCUCGGGCGACAAGCAAGGGUGGGUCGGCGAGAUUAAGGUGCACGGCAUCAAUCGAUACAUCGGCAAGUCGCGGGACAAGAUGGAGCUCGCGUACGUUCACUCCAUCGCGUACGUCGUCUACGACGGUUUCGUGAGCAAGGUGCUCAUGACCGAGCUCACCGGCUUGGACAGCGCCGAAUUGGAGAGGUGGAAGGAGGUGUGGGAUGAGGUCAGGAUCUUGCCGACAGGGAUGUGGACGGUGAUGUGGGCCCGGGGUACGCUCCUUCCAAAGACACGGCUGACGGAGAUCCUCGACGCGUAUCGCCAUUACAAGUCCACAGGCGAUUGUCUCCACGCCGCGCUCCUGCCAGCGAUAUGGUACCCAGUCGAUGCUAGCACCGAGGAAGGCCGGGAGAAGUCGGCGUCCAUGAUGUCGGCGAUGAUAGGCCGCGUGUCAAUGUGCGCUGCAUAUGGGAAGACCGCUGCGGCAGCGGUGAAGAAGGAGGGAGACAAGGAGGAGAAGACGGAUAUGGCGGCAUGGGCGUUAGCAGCAUCCGCAUGCGCUGUGUGGUGCUUCGUCGAGAAUGGCGAUGCCCAGCUGGCGGAUGCUGUGGAAGAAGGGAAGUCGGCGGCGAUCAUCGGCGGAGCGAGCCAGGCGACCGCCGAUGUAUUCGGAAAAGUCAUGGAGGCGGUGCUGAAAGCCGAGAUGAACAGGGACCGCCCCUUGGGAGAGGUUGCCUACAACGUCGCGCCAGCACUCCAGAGGACCGCCCUUGAUACGGUAUAUCCGGGGGGGAAUGCUGGAGUAGAUGCCGACGUUAUCGCUAGAGCGACGGUUGAGACGAUGGCGUUUUGGGGAAUGUGCCCCGUCGCCGGGCCGAAACUAAGAGCGAGGGACAUCGCGGUGCCGAUUGACGCGCAGAUGAAGGCCGAUCUUGACAACAGGGGGAGGAAGGGUCUGAGGGGCAAGAAGGGGACGAAGACCAAGGGCGGCACGGAGAAGGUCAAGAAGUCGAAGAAGGACAGCACGACGGCCUAG